AUGACGUGUCCAGCAGGCUACAAAUGUGCAACUGCAACAACAACCACACCUACAAUCUGCAAUGCAGGCACAUAUUCUGAAGCUGGUGCCAGUGAUUGUGCAAAUUGUGGUACAGGAAAAUACAGCUCUUCAAAUGGAUCAUCUACAUGCAUGACGUGUCCAGCAGGCUACAAAUGUGCAACUGCAACAACAACCACACCUACAAUCUGCAAUGCAGGCACAUAUUCUGAAGCUGGUGCAUCAGGUUGUACAGAUUGUGGUACAGGAAAAUACAGCUCUUCCAAUGGAUCAUCUACAUGCAUGGCGUGUCCAGCAGGCUACAAAUGUGCUUCUCAAAUUACAACCACACCUACAAUCUGCAACGGAGGAACAUAUUCUGGAGCUGGUGCCAGUGAUUGUGAAAAUUGUGGUGCAGGAAACUACAGCUCUGCACAGGGGGCAACAUCAUGCAUUACAUGUCCAGCGGGAUACAAAUGUCCAUCUUCUUCCACACAAAUACCAAUAGAAUGCUCAGGUGGAACGUUUUCAGAAGCUGGAUCAACAGACUGUUCAAAUUGUGGUAAAGGAAAUUACAGUGUUGCAGGUUCAUCGUUCUGCAUGUUGUGUCCUGCAGGCUAUGAAUGUUCUUUGGUGGCCACUGUCACUCCAACACCAUGCAAUGCAGGGUUUUAUGCAACGGUGGGUGCUGCUGAUUGUUCAGAAUGUGGCAUGGGUAAUUAUAGCUCUGCUAAAGCACAGCUAUGCUUGACUUGUCCGGCUGGUUACAAGUGUGGAUCUUCAGCAACAGGAACACCAGAAAUUUGCCAAGCCGGUACAUACGCUGCUGUACAGUCACAGUCCUGUUCUAUUUGUCCGGCUGGUUUUGAAUGCCCUGACAAUGGUACAGUAACUCCAUUAGCAUGUCCAUCUGGAAGUUAUCAGCCAAACACUGGACAAGCAGACUGCCUGCCAUGCCCUGCAGGGAAAUCCUGCAGUGACAAAGUUGCCACACCAAUCAACUGUGUGACAGGCACCUAUAGUCCUCUAGGACAAGCAGAUUGCACACCUUGCAAAGAAGGCUACUACAGCUACGCAUCUGCUGCUGAGUGUGUCAUUUGUCCGGCAGGUUCCAACUGCAUUGACCCAGGUACAAAUACAAGCUGUCCAGCAGGCCAAUACAGUAAACAAGGAUGGGCCGGAUGUGUAACGUGUCCCGAUGGGACCUACAGCAACACCUCUGCUUCAGCUGCCUGUCUCCAAUGUCCAUCUGGAAUGGAUUGCUCCGAUCGAUCAGGGACACCUACAGAAUGUGCUGCAGGAAAGUACAGCCCCGCUGGGGUUGCUGCUUGUAUUGACUGCCCUCCAGGCUACUUCAGCUCAGCCAGAGCACCAAACUGUACUAUCUGUCCAGCUGGAAUGGAUUGCACUGACCCUGGUUUGACACCCGUUGACUGCAGUAGAGGUUUUUUCAGUGCUCUUGGAGUGGCAAAAUGUUCUGCUUGUCCUAAAGGUUACUACAGCUCUUCAAAGGCUGCACAAUGUACCAUUUGUGCUGCAGGGUAUAACUGUAGUGACCCCGCAGCUACACCCAACUUGUGUGAGGCAGGUAUGUACAGUGCUGUAGGGGAGGCAGAAUGCACAGCCUGCGCAGCUGGCUGGUACAGCACAUCCGGCCAGGGUGCCUGCACUGUGUGUCCACCGGGCUAUGACUGCUUCAAUUCCUCAAAUAUUCACAAGUGUGCUGCUGGAACUUUCAGUCCAGAAGGUGUAAUAGCUUGCUCACCAUGUAAUACAGGGUACUUCAGUUUAGAAGGGGCAAAUGAGUGUACCAAAUGUCCAGCUGGUAAAGAUUGUUCCAAUAAAUCUGUUACCCCGUCAAAUUGUUCAGCAGGGGCAUAUAGCAAGGAAGGUGAUGAAGGUUGCACAAUUUGCCAGACUGGAUAUUACAGCACCAGUGGCAGCGCUAGUUGUACAAUAUGCCCAAAUGGAAAUGAUUGCUCUCUGAAUUCACCGAAACUUUGCCCCGCAGGCUCAUACAGUCUGGAGGGCUGGAUAGGCUGUAUAACAUGUCCAAGUGGAUACUACAACACUCAAAAUGGAUCAACAAACUGUACUAACCUGUGUGCUGGUGGAUACAACUGCACAGACCCAAACAAUGUUGUUCAAUGUAAUGCUGGUUUCUACAGUCCAGAGGGAGUCACCAACUGCCUUGUGUGUCCACCAGGUACAUGGAGCUUGGUGGGAUAUUCAGAAUGCACCGUCUGUGACGCAGGCAAAGACUGCUCUGCUAAUAACAAAACACCAAGCAACUGUUCAGCAGGGACUUACAGUAUCAGCAGAAAUGCUGGUUGCACAAUCUGUUUGUCAGGUCAAUACAGCAGUGCUGGUAGUUCUAACUGCUCUGUUUGUCCUGCUGGUUACACUUGUGAGACCAAUACCCCAGUUCCAUGCCAGGCGGGAACGUACAGCAAAGAAGGCUGGGAUGGUUGUGUGUUCUGCCCUGAUGGUUAUUACAGCAUACUUUUAAAUGCUACAGAUUGCUCGAUCUGUCCUGGAGGACAAAACUGCGUAGAUCCUUCCAACAUCACGCCAUGCCCAGCCGGACAGUACAGCUUAGUAGGCCAAGAGAAUUGUACUACAUGUGAAAAUGGUUACUACAGCUCGCAAGGGUCUACAGUGUGUGAGCCUUGUCAGGGUGGAUAUGACUGCACUGUUCCAUCAACACCUGUGGCCUGUCUUGCUGGCUAUUACAGCCCUCCUGGCGCAGUGAAGUGUGCAAAUUGUGAGUCCGGAUUCUUCAGUAAUAGCACUGCUUCUCAAUGUACUCAGUGUCCACCUGGUAAAAACUGCUCAAACCCGGCUGUGGUUGAUCAACCCCCAGACUGUGAGGCAGGCUUCUACAGCAAAGCAGGUCAAGCAGGUUGCACGUCUUGUACAUCAGGUUACUAUAGCCUCGCAGGAUCCGAAUCUUGCACCAUUUGUCCAGCUGGAAUGAAUUGCACAAGAAAGGAUGUAGCGCCACCAACGUGUCCAGGUGGAACAUUCAGCAAACCGGCAGAUGCAGGCUGUACAAACUGCCCUGCAGGCCAUUAUAGUAUAGGAGGAAAUUCCAGCUGUGACAUCUGCCCUGCUGGCAUGAACUGUGAAAACAACACUGUAGUCCCAACCAAAUGCCCGCCAGGAACAUACAGUGAAGCUGAACAGUAUGUGCAGCUGGAUACUUCAGCAUCGCAGGGAAAGGAAAUUGCACAAUUUGCCCAGCAGGUUACAACUGUACGGAUCCUGCUGUUACCAGUGGAACCCUUCCCCCUCUCUGCCCAAUGGGCACUUACAGCGCAGAAGGAGAUCAUACUUGCACCAACUGUUUGUCAGGAUUGUACAGUCCCCCAGGCUCCACUAGAUGUGCCACUUGCGAUGCUGGGCUGGACUGCACUCAGCCAACAGCAACCAAGAACUGCUCGUCAGGGACAUUCAGUCCAGCAGGGGUCACUGGGUGCUCCCCAUGCCCCGUGGGUACCUAUAGUGACCCUGGGGCUGCUGAAUGCACUGAGUGCCCAGCAGGCCAAAACUGCUCAGACCCUGGGGCAAAGAAAGAUUGUGCCUCGGGGACAUACAGUUUCUUGGGACAGGCAGGGUGUACCACUUGUGAAUCAGGCUACCAUUCUGCUGCUGGAGCCGCCUCAUGUACCCAGUGCAGCGCAGGUUACUACUGUACAGUUACAACACAGACAGUAUGUGGCCUUGGCAAGUACAGCUCAGCGGGUGCCACUGCAUGUACCACAUGCCCCGCAGGUAGCAAAUGCGAAACGACCACCACCGCAUCCCCUGUCCAAUGUUUAG